AUGAAACCUCAGUGCAAAAUUAACCAUACCCGUGUUCGUCGCGUGCCCGCCUUUGUUCCCGCCUUUUUCAAAAGACUUCCUGUUCCCAUUGUUACUGUUCCGGUGCGGGACUCCAUCUUGCCGCACGCCCCACUGGCUCCUCGGACAUGCGACGGACAACAAAAGAAACUGAACUUCUCCGUUUCACUUGACUCCAAAGGGACGUCUUCGCAGAGGCUAACGAUCUCGGAGCUCAAUGGGGGUGAAGUUCAGGAACCUGAGGCGUUUGUGCCGGGGCCAGUAGUGGUAAAACCAAAACAUCGAAUUGAAGGUGUGGUGCUAUUUAUCAAUGUGUUCAAUGGAUCCCGUCAGCAAUACACCAAGAGAAAAAAUAUAGAAUUAAGUGAUACAGGGGAAGACACUCCUGAAAUAGAUUUAUUAAUAGGAGCAGAUUACCUUGGUGUAUUGCUGACGGGAUCCAUUGAACACAUUGAUAAAAAUUUAGUAGCCAUAAAAACAAAACUCGGAUGGACACUUCAAGGUAAACAAACGAAACAGUCGAAAUCUUUGGAGAAUAUUAUUUAUGUUGCCAAUUUAGAUUUGACGGAAUUAUGGAGUCUAGAUGCCAUCGGUAUACGAGAUCCUGUAGAAAUUAAAUCAAGGCAGGUAGCCGAUGAAGAAACAGUUGAAUUUUUCCGUAAAACUAUUAAGAGAAAUGAAGACAAGAGAUAUGAAGUAUGUUUGCCGUGGAAAAGUGGAUAUCCAGAGUUAGAAAGCAACAAAGAAUUAGCCACUAAGCGUUUGAUGUCAACUACAAAAAAUCUUAUUCGAUCAGGACAUUUAAGCGAAUAUGAUGAUGUGUUUAAUGAAUGGAUUCGAGAGGGAAUUAUCGAAAUUGUAAAUGAAGAUAAGAAUAAAGGACAUUAUUUACCUCAUCAUCCUGUAAUAAAGACUGGAGAUACAACUACAAAGAUUCGCCCUGUUUUCGAUGCCUCAGCAAAAGACUCUAAAGGAAAUUGCUUGAAUAAUUGCUUAGAAAAGGGUCCAAAUUUAUUAGAAUUAGUACCAAAAUUGAUAAUGCAAUUUCGCAAAAAUGCAAUUGGAAUAACAUCAGAUAUUAAAAAGGCCUUCUUACAAAUCAAGGAAUUGAUCACCCUGAGACAUUGUCGAGUGGUAUUUGGUGCUUCUCCUAGUCCAUUUUUACUUGAGGCGACGAUAGCUCAUCAUCUAGAGAAUGUCUCAGAUGGAAGGAAGGAAACAGCUCGUCAACUUCAAAAAUCCUUUUAUGUAGAUAACUGCAUAACUAGUUUAGAAACUAGAGAAAAGGCAGCCAAAUUUAUUUCUGAAGCUAAAGAACUAAUGUCUGCAGCCAAAUUUGAUUUACGAGGUUGGGUUACUUCUGAAGAAAUUGUAGAAGAAACAAAAAAGAGAUAUAUUCCAAUACUAGGACUUUCCUGGGAUACUGAAAAUGAUGAACUUUCUUGUAACAGUGCUAUUAAAAUUUCAGAAGAAAAUAUGUGGUGCUAUUCCUCGUGUAAGUAG